CGGUCACACUGCACCACGAGGAAAAACAAAAUUUUUUGUUAUGAUUUUUCUGCGGGAAUAAUGAAUGAAAUGUGCCAUUUAAGGACCUGAGGAUGCGCCUGCGUCGCCGCUGGCCGCGAAGGAUGCGGCGUGUCAUCGAACAAUUGCGACUGAAGUCCCGCAGGAAGCUGCAGCUGCUCUUGGGGUUCGGAGGACUAUGCCUGGUAAUUUGGUUGGGUGUCAGCUAUCUCUUCGCCUCAGAAAACGACAGCAGCGGUCACUCUAGCAGCUCGUGCAGCGCCAUUGAUGCUGUUUACACUUGGGUCAACGGCUCGGAUCCCCAAUUCAUUGAGGACAUCCGGCGAUUCGACUUAAAAUACGAUCCCUCGCGGUUCGAUGACAAGAACGAGCUGCGCUACUCCCUGCGAUCGCUGGAAAAGCACGCCAAUUGGAUCCGGCACGUCUACAUAGUGACCAAUGGUCAGAUUCCCAAUUGGCUGGAUCUCAGCUACGAAAGGGUCACGGUGGUGCCACACGAAGUGCUGGCCCCCGAUCCCGCCCAGCUGCCCACCUUCUCCAGCUCGGCCAUCGAGACAUUCCUGCAUCGCAUACCAAAGCUGUCCAAGAGGUUUCUCUACCUCAACGACGACAUAUUCCUGGGCGCACCGCUCUAUCCAGAGGAUCUGUACACCGAGGCGGAGGGAGUACGCGUGUACCAGGCCUGGAUGGUACCCGAUUGCGCCUUGGACUGCCCGUGGACCUACAUCGGAGAUGGAGCCUGCGAUCGGCACUGCAACAUCGAUGCCUGCCAGUUUGAUGGAGGAGAUUGUAGCGAAACGGAGUCAGCAGACGGGGCCCAUGCCUUGCCGCAAAGCCAGGAGGUGCUCGAAGUAGAACCGGUUGCUGCACCAAAAACUCCUGUCCAUCGCUUCCCCCACGUGGGCCUUCAGAAGCUGUUCAAGAGCAGCUCGGCCAACUUCAAGGAUGUUAUGCGCCACCGUAAUGUGUCCACUCUCAAAGAACUCCGCCGGAUCGUGGAGCGCUUUAACAGGGCCAAACUGAUGUCGCUGAAUCCCGAAGUGGAAGCGACUAGCUCCGAGCCACCAACUACCCAACGGAAUACAGCUCCCAGCGAGGAAUUCCAAUCAUCUACCAACGUCUACUCUCACUCGCUAAUUGCCACCAAUAUGUUGCUUAAUCGAGUCUAUGGCUUCAAGGCACGUCAUGUCCUGGCGCACGUGGGCUUCCUGAUCGACAAGGAUAUUAUGGAGGACAUGCAGCAACGUUUCCGCCACCAAGUUCAGAGCACUGCCCGUCAGCGCUUUCGAUCCGCCACAGAUCUGCAGUACGCCUUUGCUUACUACUCCUUUCUAAUGAGCGAAACACAGGUGAAGGGUGUGGAGGAGAUAUUCGAUGAGUUCGACACCGAUGGCUCGGCCACCUGGUCGGAUAGGGAGGUGCGCACUUUCCUCACACGCAUUUAUCCGCCGCCACUGGACUGGUCAGCCAUGCGCUACUUCGAGGAGGUAAUCCACAAUUGCACUAGGAGUCUGGGCGUGAAUAUAAAAGCUGAUACAGUCGAGCACUCUACCCUGGUCUACGAGCGAUACGAGGAUUCCAAUUUGCCCACCAUCACAAGGAAUUUGGUAGUGCGAUGUUCACUUCUGGCUGAAGCUUUGGCGGCUAACUUUGCUGUGCGACCCAAAUAUCACUUCCAUGUCAGCCCCAAGCGAAUUUCGCACAGCAACUUCAUGAUGCUCUCCUCGAACCUAACUGAUGUGGUGGAAUCCCUAGACCGUUUGCGCCGGAAUCCGCGGAAGUUCAACUGCAUCAAUGACAACAUGGACGCUAGUAGGCGGGAAGACAACGCGAUGGUUCGCCACCUACUGGAGGAUUUCUACCUGUCCUUUUUCCCGCGACGCAGCAAGUUCGAGCUGCCACCGCAAUUCCGCAAUCGGUACGCAUCCUGGCGGGACUAUCAGCGCUGGAAGCGAAGGAAGCGCGCCGUCCUGGUGAUCGGGUACGGAGUGAGUCUACUCCUGGUCAUCUUUCUGCUGCGCUUUAUGUGCCACCACAAGGCCAAGUUUGUGAGGCGCUGUGUGCAGCGCUUGUAGACUUCGUAUUUUAGAAAUUCUCUCUUCCGCAAUGUUGUGAUAUGUUGUGAACAUUUAUGUAUAUUGGCCAUUUCUGCAAGCGAUCAUAGUCAAAUCUAGUUGUAGGCCAUGCGUAAGGCUAUUUUUCUAGUUCUUUAGGUGCAUGCUAGAGGCUACAUUUAAGAUUAGUCGUUAAGUGUGAGUGCCUAGUGAAAUUUUGUAGAAUCUUUUUGUUGUUCAGCAGUCGAACUGUUUUAGGUUGAAUUUCAAAAUAUUUAAGUUUAUUAUGCCAAGUGCAAAUCUUUGUUUGAUAUUGUCCUUCUACCGAGUUUUCGAAGAAGACAAAGAGCUAGUUUCUUUUAGUUGAAUUAUACGUACUAUAAGUCGAACUUAUGAUCGUUUAAAGAACAUUUUUUAUAUAAAUAUAUCAAAUUGAUGGUGUAAAUCCCAAAUGAA